GUGAUAUCAAUGGCCGGAAGAGGAAGAGGAAGGGGGAGGGGAAGGGCUAGUGGAAGAAAGGAGACAAAUUCAUCGAAUUCUGAUAAGAAGGUUAAGAAGUCACGGAGCAGCAAGGCCGGUCUUCGUUUCCCGGUCGGCAGAAUCGCCCGCUUCCUCAAGACCGGAAAGUACGCCGAUCGAAUCGGCGCCGGCGCUCCGGUCUACCUCGCCGCCGUCUUGGAGUACCUUGCCGCUGAGAUUUUAGAGCUGGCUGGAAAUGCAGCAAAGGAUAAUAAGAAGACGAGGAUAGAUCCUACGCACAUCCAGCUUGCUGUGAGGAACGAUGCAGAGCUUUCUAAGCUGUUGGAAAAUGCCAUAAUUCCUAAUAGUUGUGUGAUGCCCUUCAUUCACAUUUUCCUUAUUACUCCAACUACUCAGGACUUUGAUGAUGAUACGGAAUGAUCGUUUGCCAGCUCUUUUUGUUCUACAUAUCUUGUUAGAAUUUUUUAUGUGAUCCAACUUCUUUCUAUUUGUGUGCUUUUCUGUUAAUUUUUAGGUGUUCUUUUCUUUAGUUUUUUGUAUGGCUUAUAUUGCCAUUAAUGUUGCCAUUUGUGUUUAUAUAUAGAUAUUAUAAGCUG